CUGAUCAAUGCAGGGGGAGCUGGGGAAAGCACAUGUGCCUGUGCAACAUGUCCUGAAUCUUUUGGGCAAAGGCUUGGCAAUUAGCGCUUUGAGCGGCCUUGCCCUGUUAGUGAGCAAUUUCUUGAUCUCCGGGUUGCCAAAGAAGGAGCCCCAGCAUCCCUUGGUGAAAGAUGGCUGUCCCAAGAGUUGGGUGCUCUUUAUGGGACUGGUCUAUACCUUCACCUACUUUACCACCGACCAGUACUCUCCCAGCCUUCCACGAAUGGAAGUGGAUUUGGGAGCCACGCAAGACCUGAUGAGCGCAACGAUCCAAAUGAAUUUUGUCAUCAAAGCCGUGACCGGUAUCUUCACCGCCACUUUAUCCGAUCGCAUCGGGCGGAGACCAGCCAUUUUUGCUUGCUUGAUUUUGUUGAGUAUGGCGAGCUUUUGCUGUGCCUUCGCACGUAGCAUCGAGUGGUUUAUCGCAGGGCGCCUGCUGCAGGGUAUUGGCGAGUCGGUGGAGCCCGUGAUCUUCGCCAUGGUUCGAGACUAUUUCCCCCGAAAUGAGGAGCGUUUUAUGAUCGUCAGCGCGCUGCAAAUGAUGUCCACCGUCGGAAUGUUGCUGGCGCCUGUUUUGGGAGGAUACUCUGCAGAAUUGUGUUCUUGGCGUGCUUCCUUCGUGGUUCUAUCUGCGCUAUGGGCAGUCAUGGCAGCCUACGCUGGGCUGAACAUGGUGGAAACUUGUCCGGAUGCUGACCCAGAGCAACCAGGUCCUGGUCCUAGUUGGUCUCGCUUCUUGAACUGGCAUUGCUUGUCCUUGCUGCUGACGGAAAGCUGCAAUAUGGCAGCGUACAUGACCUUCAGUACCAACGUGAGCUACUUCAUCGAGGUCGCACAUGGCAAAUCUACCAUGACCUGUUCCACCGUGAUGUUGGCCUUUGGUGCGCUCAACGCUGGGGGGUUGUUCCUGAUGGAACGGCUGCCAUUGGGUGAUACUCUUCAGAAGGCGAAAACUUCCGUGUCACUCUAUGCUGCAUCUGGCGUUCUCUUUCUUUUCUUGGCAGCCUUUUACUACAACUACCUCUGGGCUUAUUUGCUGGGGAGCUACCUGCAAGCCGGCCUUAGUAUUUUCGCCUUGGUCUCUGUGAACGUGCUCUACUUUGAGCCGUUGAAGGAUUGCGCAGGUCUAGCGGCUUCCGUUGAGAUCGUUGCAAAGAGUGUGAUCCCUUCGUUUUAUUCCGCUGUGUCAACACAGUCCUUGAUGCGAUCAGGUGCGCAGGGGUUGAUGAUGUUUCAAGCCGCUGCUGUGAUCGGCACGGGAAUUACUUUCUGGUGCUACGCCAUGGAUCCACCGCAGGGCUGGGAACCUCUCGAGGCUGCCAAAGAAGCACCUUUUAAAGACCCGUUCUGAAGCCCUGUCAACACCUGAUGCUGUGUGAGAAUCUUCUGUCAGAGCAUAUAAGUUGCCAGACUUUGCGACGACCAAACUGGCUGAGGAUUUUAGCAAUCAGGCCGCGAAUUCAGAUAUAUAUAUAUAUUUUUUUGCCUCGUUC